AUGGAGAUGCUAUCCUUUGCGUCGGUAGAUGCGUACAUCAAGUCUCGUACAGGCUGGCCUACCCCGAAUGUCGAAUUUGAUCUGGACUAUGUCGCCGAGAGCAUGGAACCUGUUACCCCGAGUGGGGGCGCUAGAAUCAUGCCAUCCAAGACUUUUGCAGAGGUUGAAGGAAAGCAGUUCGACAUAAUAUUGGUUCCAGGAGGACCGGGCUCUCGUCCGAACGUCAUCUCCCCAGUAGUUCAUGAAUUCGUUAGGAAACAGGCUCCCCAAGCGAAGUACGUCCUGUCCGUUUGUACUGGUAGCUGGAUCUUGGCCGAUGCUGGGGUGUUGGAUGGGAAACGCGCCACGAGUAACAAGGCUGCUUUCAGAGACCUAGUGGCAAGUACGAGUAAAGCCAUUGAAUGGGUCCCCAAGGCCCGUUGGGUGGUAGAUGGAAAGAUAUGGACUGCCUCUGGGGUGACCGCUGGUGCAGACAUGGGAUACGCCUUCAUGGUUGAGAUUACUGGCGAUGAAUUUGCUACUCGGGUCAAGAACACCGUCGAUUACACGCAAGUGGACCAGAAGAUGACGAAUAUGCAGAGGUUUGGGGUCUUGUAUGAGUCUCCCAUUGUUAGCGGCACUGGACGAGAUAUCACUAAACUCAUAUCAUCUUCGGUAUCCACAGGGCCCAUGGAACUUAUAGAAACGGCCGGCACUAAGUCAGCCACGGGGGCAUUUAUGAUAGCUAAUCCCAAGUUCCCAACCCCCGAGGUGAAAUUCGAGACUGAGUACCUCGCCGAAACGCACGAUCCAAUUACGCCAAUGGCAGGUGCGAGGGUUCUACCUAAAAAAACGUUCUCCGAGGUUGGAUCAAAGCAAUUUGACAUCAUCUUGAUACCGGGAGGGGAUAACACACGCCCUGGUGAACCUUCAAAGGCCCUGACCGAGUUUCUCGAAGCACAGGUACCCGGUGCUCGAGCCCGCUGGGUAGUUGACGGGAAAUUUUGGACAGGAUCUGGAGUUACUGCUGGUCAAGACAUGGGCCUUGCUUUUCUCAAAGCAUUACAGGGGACUGAGUUUGCUCUUGCUGCCAAAAACGUCAUGGAGUUUCGAGCAGUGACAAGUGCAGAUGAUGACGAAUUCGCGGAUGUUUUCCACCUUGCUUGA